AUGGCAGGUGAACGCGCAAGUUUCCAAUAUUACUCCCCCAGAAUAACACGAAGUUCCCCCACACAGCCUGGUCAAGGUUGGGACACCUGGAAGUCAUGUGAGACCACUGCGAUCGACCUGUCUAGCCUUCCCAAGGAGGCCAAUACCCACGACCUAUAUGAUGCUUUCAACUCCUACGGUAACAUCGUAUCUAUUGACCUUUGGAGUGACGCCACUGGUCAGCAGAGCUCAAAAGGCCGCCUUCGGUUCAGGCCUCCCCCAGACAUAGAUUUCUGGACUUCCGGCUAUUGCGAGGUGCAAUUUCGGAGUGGCCGUGUCUAUAAGAUACAACUACGUAUCUUCUGUGGCCGGUCAAGCGAUAGUAUCCAGAGCCCCGUUCGUCCAGAAAUAAAUCUUCCAGCGGAGUUGGAACUAAAAGUCACUCAAGUCGACAUCGGCGUCCUCCUCGGUCCCUCAAAAGUUCACUUCUUGCAGAGUUUCCACGGCAUGGCAUACCCAAGAUUCGUCGUGAAUGUCCGGCGCAAGUGCCUGUACAUAUAUUUCAAAGUGGGAAUUCGAGGAUCGGAGAAGACUGCGGAUAUGACCCAGCAUGACUAUCGGAUCAAGCUUACAUUUCUCCAACUGGCUCAAGUUUACGACCGAUCCGACCCUGUUUCGAACAAACAAUCACUUCUGAUUGUUCUCAAUUCCGCUUCCAUCUGCCAUCGAAAGGCCAACGACACCCUUUCCACUUUGAUCGAGGAGAGAAGCUGGAAUGAAGAGGAUAGCUGGUAUCGUCAGACCGCCGUGACCCAUAACCCGCAUUCGCUGAGGACACUUCCCACCACUUUGAAGAAGCCCGGGCAUAUCAUUGACCUUGGGCGAUGGAACGUGUUCAAGAUCACAUUCUCUGCCGAUGAAUCCCAUGGAUUUCAUGUCAACAACCCUGACUGCAAUUUGCAGCUCAUGCAUAACAUCCUGAGCGACUACAAUGUCCCUAUCAAUGAUGGAAGCUCCUUUGUAGAGAGCCCAGACCGACCGAUACCGGUGUGGCAUUGGAUUGAUCGUUCUGAGACCAAGUCAAACAAAGAUUCCGCGUUGUUGCGAGAUUUGGGAGACCAGAACUAUGUGCACCUCCCCUUUGCGAUCCGAUACCAACUCGAGGUCUGCUUGUCUCAGGGAUUCCUUUCCGAAUUUACCAUGACUCGCGAAUUCGUGGAGAGAUUGCAGGAUCUAGGAGAUGACCAGGCUAGAAGGCUGCUGGAGUUUGUUGCGACCGACAAGAAACAGUAUCUUGACCCCAUGAAAAUCUUUGACCUCAAAUAUGUCAAAGGAGUCACAGACUCAAAGAUCCCAAGCUACUGUUGCUUCAUGCACACGGCCCGAGUGACUCCAACCACCAUCUAUCUCAACACUCCCACUGUGGACAUCUCAAAUCGAGUCGUGCGCGAGUUCUCUCACACAGCCACACCUGGACGCUUUCUCCGGGUUCGAUUUACAGAUGAGAAGACCGAAGGUCGAAUUAAUUCUUCCCAGGGAAGUGCCAAUGAUGAAAUCUUCACCCGUGUCAAACGGACCCUAUCAAAUGGCAUUGUCAUCGGAGAUCGCCAUUACGAGUUCCUCGCAUUCGGCAACUCUCAAUUUCGUGAGCACGGUGCGUACUUUUUCGCAUCGGACGCCGGUGUCUCAGCCGCAAGCAUCCGAGCAUGGAUGGGACAAUUCAACCAUAUCCGAAAUGUGGCAAAAUAUGCUGCGAGACUGGGACAAUGCUUCUCGACCACUCGAGCUUUCACGGGUUCUUCAGUCCAAACUGUCCCAUGCGAUGACGUUGUCCGUAAUGGCUUUACUUUCUCAGACGGCAUUGGGAAGAUAUCCAAAUUCCUGGCUCAGAUGGUCACAUCCCAACACAAGAUCACGACUCCAACUGAUGACCCUCCGUCUGCCUUCCAAUUUCGCCUUGGGGGAGCCAAAGGCAUGCUGGCUAUCUCCUCGGAUCCUCAGCCCCAGGAAGUACACAUCCGUCCAAGUCAACAGAAGUUUGAAACCAACCAGAACAGCUUGGAGAUAAUCCGUUGGUCCCAGUACUCACUUGCAACUCUAAACCGCCAGCUGAUCCUGGUGCUUUCAGCUCUGAACAUUUCAGAUGGAGUGUUCCACGACAAACUUGAAUUUAUGUUGAAUAACAUUCAACAAGCCAUGUGCAACGACUCGAAAGCAACCGAGAUACUUCAGAAGUACACCGACACGAACCAAAUAACCUUGAUAUUGUCUGGGAUGGUCAAUCAUGGCUUCAGACGAACUGAGGAGCCAUUUGUCAAUACCAUGCUUGAGCUUUGGAAAUCCUGGCAUCUUAAGCACCUCAAGGAGAAAGCCAAAAUUGCCAUAGACCAGGGGGCCAACGUACUCGGCGUCAUGGACGAGACAGGAGUUCUCAAGGGCUUCUUCAAAGACAGGGUACCGUCGCCACUUGCCUCGUAUGAGGAAAAACUAGCCGCACUUCCCGAGAUCUUCGUGCAGAUCUGCCGGCUACCAGAGAGUGGUGACUUUGAGAUCAUUGAGGGCCUUUGUAUCCUCGCUCGAAACCCCUCCCUUCACCCCGGGGAUAUCCGUGUAGUUCGAGCAGUGAACAGACCGGAGCUGCGGGAACUUCGGGACGUAGUCGUUCUUCCUCAGACAGGGGACCAGGACAUUGCUAGCAUGUGCUCUGGAGGUGAUCUCGAUGGAGAUGACUACCUCGUAAUUUGGGACCCGGAUCUGAUUCCCCAGGACUGGUUCACCAGGUGCAUGGAUUACAAGGGCUCCAGAGCCCCAGACCUUGACCACGACGUGACAGUCGAUGAAGUCACAUCGUUCUUUGUCACUUAUAUGAAGAAUGACUGCCUUCCCAGAAUUGCGCACGCCCAUAUGUCCUGGGCUGAUCAGCUCCCGCGGGGGGUUUGGGAAGACAAAUGCAUUCGCCUCGCUCAACUCCACUCCGAUGCCGUUGAUUACAACAAAAGCGGCGCACAUGCUAGGAUGGAACGCUCUUUGAAUCCCAGGGCGUGGCCACACUUUAUGGAAAAACGUCACAAGAACCCAUCUUGCAUCUACACAUCUCGAAAAAUCCUCGGACAACUGUAUGAUGCGGUGAUAAGCCCUUGUUUCGCUCCCAAUCUGGAGAAGCCUUUCGACUCGCGCAUCCUGGAAUCCCCAUUAGCUGCUGGUAGUGACCUUUACAUGGGGUUUGCCCGCAAUCUCAAAGCCGAAUAUGACACUAGCAUGCGACAAAUCAUGGCCCAAUAUGAGAUCGAGACUGAGUUCGAGGUUUGGUCGACCUUUGUACUCGGUCACGGCUGUGUCAUUCGUGACUACAAGUUGCAGGAAGAGCUGGGCGGAAUUGUGGGCACUCUGCGCCGUGGAUUUCAGCGUCAAUGUUACGACAAAUUCGGGCGCUCCGACGGACCCAUAUUUUCCUUGGUCAUCGCCAUGUACCGUGUCACGCAGGAGCAGGUAGCGGCUGCACUGGAGGCCCGUCGCAUUGAAGAACAACAGAGAAAGAACCCUUCGAACGUGACGGUACCUCGCACUGAACUCCCUCUCAUAAGCUUCCCUUGGCUAUUCCCGGAGGAACUCGGUCAAAUUGCGACCAGCCAAGCGCGCACUCGGGGCCCCGGGGGAGCAGUUGACGCUGAUUCUGAGAUGCCUAUCAGCAAAGACCGUGUCUACACCCACGAAGAGAUCAUUGAGCUUGUCGCUGAUAUGGAUGAAGAUGAAAAGGAAGGAGGGUGA